CCUAGCCAAUGGCCACCACUCCCUCCCUAAAACCAAUUUUGGAUCACAAAUUGUAACUGUAUGCGUGCCGACGAAACCAGAAAGCACGGACAAAUUGUCCGGCCGGCGUCCUGCAGCUGUCCGAAUCGAAAAGUAAUAAGAAAAAGGCAAAAGAAUUCCAGACCAUAUCCAUUCCAACUCCAUCGCCCAAGCUUCGUGAACCCUAGCUACCGCGGCCGGAGAGACAGCUCCACCAGUCACCCGCGCGCUUCAUCGGACGGCCACACCGCCGCCGCGUCGCCCACCGUCGUCCGUUCCCGCGGCCAAGCCCCCGCCAAGCAAAAAAUGGGCGCCAAGGCGAAGCAGCUACAGAGCCAGAGCUAAUUAAGUAGCUAGUCUGCUAUACGGUUGUUGAUGUGACGUGCAUGGCCAUGGACGCCUCCGCCGCGGCGGCGGGAGGAGGCGGCGAGAUGUCGAGGAAGGAGACGACGGCGACGGCGACGGCGCCGCCGCCGGAGCUGGACAUGGUGGCGUGCGCGGUGCAGCGGCUGGUGGCGCGGAACGACGCGGUGGCCGCGUUGAGCGGAGGCGGGGAGGAGGGUGCCGGGGUGGGGAUGGCGGCGUUCGAGGCGGCGAAGGGGGCGCCGGCGCCGCGCAUCGGCGUGGCGCAGUACCUGGAGCGCGUGCACCGGUACGCCGUGCUGGAGCCGGAGUGCUACGUGGUGGCGUACGCGUACGUGGACAUGGUGGCGCACCGCCGCCCCGCCGCCGCCGUGGACUCCAGGAACGUGCACCGCCUGCUCCUCGCCUGCCUCCUCGUCGCCUCCAAGGUUCACGACGACUUCCACCACAACAACGCCUUCUUCGCGCGCGUCGGCGGCGUGAGCAACGCGGAGAUGAACAAGCUGGAGCUGGAGCUGCUCGCCGUGCUGGACUUCGAGGUCAUGCUCAGCCACCGCGUCUACGAGCUCUACCGCGCGCACCUCGAGAAGGAGGCGCAGAGGGACGGCGGCGGCGGCGUGCUCGCCGGCGCCGGCGCGGCUACCGCCGGGGCAGGGAGAUUAAUGGCGGCCGUCGCGCCGUCCAAGCUGCCGGAGCGCGCGGUGGUGAACGGCGCCGGAGACCCGGGACCGCCCGACGGCGCCGCACCGCACGACUGGAGGAGCCUGGGGACGGAGGCGGCGGCGGCGAACGGCGUGCGGCUGCACACGUCGUCGCCGUCGCGGUAUUCGUUCGAUUGCUAGUAGCGAACGUUGCUAAGAAAUUUUACUGCGUUCGAUGUGUAUAUCAACCGAGAUAGCUUGCUGCUGUUCAGAAUAAGACAGAUUAACUGCCAAUCAAAAUGUACGCAACAUGCACUAAUUGCCUGUUCAUCACUGUAAUGAACAGAUUAAGGUGUAAUUAUUGCAGGAAACAGGAUGGGUUAAGUUUGUUUGUUGAAUCUUCUGGUGCAGUGCAGAGAAGGCUGUGCUAUCUGGUUAAAGACUAUGCCACU